UACCAGUUGUAUAAGAAGGCCGACAUGUCGUCCUUUGUCGAUUCGUUUCAUCUCCAUUGCUGAGUUCUUGGGCCAUCUUCAGCUACUACCCAUUCCUCUUUGAGAUUCUUCGUUCAACGGAGAACGAGCAAGAUGAGCAGUACUCAGGGAUCCCACUCCCUGGCCUUCAGGGUGAUGAGGCUCUGUAGGCCGUCAUUUCAAGUUGAUCCUCCUCUCCGCAUCGAUCCCGUUGAUUUACUCGUCGGUGAGGACAUCUUAGACGAUCCUGUGGCUGCUAACCAACUCCCUCGCCUCCUUGCAGCACAGUUUUCUGACGAUUCCGACUCCGAUCUCAGCUACAGUUCCAGAUUCCUUCUUCAUGAUUCCUCUGAUGCAAUGGGUCUCACUGGCCUCCUCGUACUCCCUCAAGCUUUCGGGGCGAUUUAUUUGGGCGAAACUUUCUGUAGCUAUAUCAGUGUGAAUAAUAGCUCCAAUUUUGAAGUCAGGGACGUUAUAAUCAAGGCAGAAAUUCAAACGGAGAGGCAGAGAAUUCUUCUUCUGGAUUCAUCAAAAUCCCCUGUUGAAACUAUACGUGCUGGGGGCCGUUACGACUUCAUUGUUGAACACGAUGUGAAGGAACUCGGAGCUCAUACGCUAGUCUGCACUGCAUUGUACAAUGAUGGUGAUGGUGAGCGUAAAUAUCUUCCACAGUUUUUCAAGUUCAUGGUUGCAAAUCCACUUUCGGUCAGAACAAAGGUCCGAGUUGUGAAGGAAAGUACAUUUUUAGAAGCUUGCAUUGAAAAUCAUACAAAAGCAAAUCUAUUUAUGGACCAAGUUGAUUUUGAACCUUCUCCAAACUGGAAUGCAGUGAUAAUAAAUGCUGAUGAACAUCACUCUGAACAUAAAUCAACAACAAGAGAGGUCUUCAAGCCUCCUGUAUUGGUCAGAUCAGGUGGAGGAAUCCAUAAUUUUCUUUAUCAAUUGAAAUGUUCAACGCACGGUCCUUCUUCUCCGCUGAAAGUUGAGGGAAGUAAUAUUCUUGGUAAACUUCAGAUAACAUGGCGUACAAAUAUGGGUGAACCUGGACGACUGCAAACACAACAGAUUUUGGGUUCUCCCAUUACUCGUAAGGAGCUUGAGUUGAAUGUUGUUGAGAUGCCAGAUGUUAUCAGAUUGGAGAGGCCUUUUACGUUACAUAUGCGUCUCACAACACAGAUUGAGAGGGAAUUGGGCCCUUUUGAGGUCUGGAUGUUACCUAACGGUUCGGAUGAGGAAAAGGUUGUUAUGGUUAAUGGUCUUCAGACAGUGGUCAUACCAAGAGUUGAGCCAUAUGGUUCCACAGAUUUUCACCUGAACCUCAUUGCCACUAAGCCCGGAGUGCAGAGAAUCGCAGGCAUUAAAGUCUUUGACACUAAGGAGAAGAAAGCCUAUGACCACCCUUUGCCAGAUCUAGAGAUUUAUGUCGAUUUGGAAUGAACGUCUCGGCUCUGACUGAUCUGGUCUUCUCAAGAGUUCACUUCCCGCAUUGUUUAGGAUGCAGAAGUAAACAUCCCAUGAUCUGCAUUUCCUGAAAUUCAAUUAGUCUCAUGGAACCAACGAUCAAGCCCGACACUCGUUCGCAAGCGUAUGCACGAUAGAAACACUCUCAUUAGAUGCCUAUAUCUACUCCAUUCUCAUUCUUUGGUAAAUUAUUGCAAAUUAUUGCAAAGAUGGUCUUUCCAAAAGAGGCAAAUGGGUAGUAAUGUUGAUCCUUCCUUGGUAUUGUUUCUUCAAAUGGGAAGGAGGAACAAUACAGAGGAUAUGUUGGUAACAAUGUGUUAUAUUAAAAAAGAAAAAGAAAUGGCCUUUCUUUCAUUAAAAGGAAAUGUCAGAAGUGACCUUUCCUUGUUAUGAAGAGACGGAUAUACUUCAUAUAGCCGCACGGUGCCGUACGAAACAAAUAUAUAUUUUUGGGUCCCUAAGAAAAUCCUAAUUUGACCUAAUUGAGCACAUGGGUUUGUUUAGAAUCAUUGAUGAAUAGACAAUUGGCCAAUAGGACUUAAUUCCUUGGCAUAGCUGUGAUUGUUGGUUUGCUAUCGUCUCUCAUUAAAUGAUUGUCGUGCAACUUUAUCCUAAUCAGAAUCUCUAUCAAAACAUUUCAUUUUUAUCUUUA